AUGGAAGCAGUUUACAGGUUGAAACCUCUUUUGCCUUGUCUAGAGGAUGUGGUUAGAGUUGGGAACGCCGGCGUUGCAGCUGCUACUACUACUUCGGAUAUGCGUCUAGGAACAACAGCUAAUUGUUACUUGCAGCUACAAGCACCUGAACAGAAUGUAACCGAGUCUGAUAUGACGGAUCGGAUGAUCAAGAUCCAGAUCGCCAAUCACCCUCUUUAUCCAGAUUUACUUUCUGCAUACAUAGAAUGCCAAAAGGUUGGAGCACCGCCAGAACUGACAUGCCUUCUCGACGAAAUAGGCCGAGAAAGCCACCGCAUGAAUGCUCGCCGUGAGAUGGGUGAUGGUCCUGAACUUGACCAGUUCAUGGAAACAUACUGCGAAGUGCUUCAUAGAUACAAGGAGGAGUUGUCCAGGCCCUUCAAUGAAGCGACUUUGUUUUUGGGAAACAUGGAAUCACAGCUGAGCAACCUUUGUAAUGGAACACUAACAAAGUCAUCGGAUGACAAAUAUUCCGAUGAAGUAGGUUGUGGGGCAUCGGAUGAAGAAUUAUGUUGUGGGGAGAUGGAAGAAGUUGAAGGUCAUAUAUCUUCUUCUGUAACUUGCCCAGGUGAUCAAAAUCUUAAAGAGAUGCUCCUUCGCAAAUACAGUGGCCAUUUUAGCGGUUUGAGAAAGGAGUUUCUGAAACGAAGAAAAAAGGGUAAGCUACCAAAGGAUGCAAAGAUGGCACUCAUGGACUGGUGGAACACACAUAAUAAAUGGCCAUAUCCUACGGAGGAGGAGAAAGUGAAGUUGACAGCAAUGACUGGACUGGAUCAAAAGCAGAUAAAUAAUUGGUUCAUCAAUCAGAGAAAACGGCAUUGGAAACCAACUGAGGACAUGCGAUUUGCUGUCAUGGAUAGGUUUAGUGGCGGCGGUGGCGGUGGCAUAGGAGGAGCUAUGUUCUUUUAG